CAUCACUAACAAACAGAGAGCAGUCAUGCUUACGUAAGCUUGCUGCCAUGGGUGGGGGUCUAUACCAAAAACCGACGCGACUUCCUGUUUAUUUUUUUUUUUGAAAAGAGUAUACCUGUUAUUUCUUAACACUCACAAUGCCUGUUGCUAAAAUUGCCCCCUCAAUGCUUUCUUGCGAUUUCGCCAACUUGGCCAUGGAAGCUAAGCGCAUGACCAAGAAUGGUGCUGAUUGGCUUCAUCUCGAUGUUAUGGACGGACAUUUUGUCCCUAAUAUUACUUUGGGAGCUCCUAUUAUUUCAGCCAUCCGUCCUCACACCGAAGCUUAUUUUGAUUGCCAUAUGAUGGUUUCUAAUCCUUCCCAAUGGGUGGAUGACAUUGCUAAAGCCGGUGGACAAAUGUACACUUUCCAUAUUGAGGCCACUGAAGAUCCUAUAAGCUUAAUCCAACAAAUUCAUGCAGCUGGUAUGCAAGCCGGUGUUGCUGUCAAACCUAAUACGCCUGUCGAAAAAGUGAUGGGUGCUGUUGCUGAGCAAUGUGAUAUGAUUUUGAUCAUGACUGUUGAACCUGGUUUCGGUGGUCAACGUUUCAUGGCUCAAUGUAUGCCCAAGGUCGAGGCACUCCGUAUCAAGUAUCCCAACUUGGAUAUCGAAGUUGAUGGUGGCUUAUCUUUAGACACCAUUGAUGCCUCUGCUGAUGCUGGUGCCAAUGUUAUUGUUGCCGGUACCGGCAUCUUUAAGGCCGAAAAGCCUAGCGAGGUCAUUGACACUUUCAAGGAAAAGGUCAACAAUGCUCAAGCUAGAUUUGCCGCUGCCGCUGCUGCAUCUGAAUAAACUUCUAUUAUUAGAAAAUACCC